AAGAAAAGAUUAGAAAUUUUCAUUAGAGGGAGAAUUUUAAGGUCAUGGGGAUGAUAUUGGGAAAUGGGUUUUUUGUUUUUGUAGUACUAUUGUUUGUAACGGUUGGGUUUAAGUUGUGUUUUGCUCAAAAUCCAACGGCUAUGUAUGUGUUUGGUGACUCGUUAGUUGAUGUUGGAAACAACAACUAUUUGAAGUUGUCUAUUGCAAAGGCUGAUUUCCCUCAUAAUGGUCUUGAUUUCUCAACCCAUAAGCCAACCGGAAGAUUUUCCAACGGAAAGAAUGCUGCUGAUUUUCUUGCGGAAAAAGUAGGGCUAGCAUCAUCCCCGCCACCUUAUCUAUCUCUUAAGAACUCGAAGCCCAAGGUUGGAAGUGCAUUUCCGAUUACCGGAGUUAGUUUUGCAUCUGGAGGUGCCGGAAUCUUUAACUCGACAGACUUAGUCUAUAAACAAUCAAUUCCUUUUACGCUACAAGUAGGUUAUUUUGGUGUUGUUUAUCAAGACUUGGUUAAACAAAUGGGAUCGAAUGCAACACAACAGCAUCUCUCGAAAGCUCUCUUCACCAUUAUAAUCGGUAGUAAUGACAUUUUCGGUUAUUCCGGAGAUGUUGCAAAGAAUAUGUCCCCUCAACAAUAUGUCGAUAAAAUGAAUAGCGAUUUUGAAGGAUUAUUAAAGCGUUUAUACGGUCUAGGUGCGCGGAAAUUUAUCAUAGCCGGGGUUGGAAAAGUAGGAUGUUGUCCAGCCCAAAGAGUUCAAAACAAUACUGGCGGAUGCUUGGAAGGACAUAAUACUAUGGCUCUCCAAUUUAACCAAGGCCUCAAAUCAAUGUUACAAAAUCUUAAAUCUCAGCUCACCGAUAUCAACUACUCAUAUCUUGAAGUUUAUUCCGUAUUUGAGAGCUUCCUACAAACACCCUCAGUUUACGGAUUUAAUGAGACUAAAGCAGCGUGUUGUGGACUAGGAAACCUAAAUGCGCAAAUUCCUUGUGUUCCAAUCUCCAUCUAUUGCGCCAACAGAAAUGAUCACCUCUUUUGGGAUUUGUAUCAUCCGACAGAGAAGGCAGCUCGGAUCUUGAUAGAUGUCUUUUUUCAGGGUAUGGAUCCGAUGGUCAUUCCUAUGAACGUAAACAAAUUGAUUGGUCUAUAAUACUAGUAGUUGUUCGAACACUAAAAGAAUACACGGAUUAAAGAAAGAUGAAAUCUAGAAAUCAAUCCAAUGUAUAAGAAACAAAAAAUCAGAGAAAUUUAUGUAUCAUGAUGUUAUAGAUCAAAAUUGAAUGUAACACAAAAUUAAAUUAAAUAUACAUGUACUAUUG